GGCAGCAUCAGUGAAACAUCACCCGGGGAAAUCCUCUGAGCCCAGCUAACUUCAGACUUCAGGAUGUUCCUGUGCUUGGCUCUGUUGACUCUUCUUCCUGCGACUGUCAGCAUCAGUCCUGGAGUGAAAGUGGAGCUGACUCAAAAAGGCAUCGACUAUGGGAGACAAUUGGGUAUAGCUUCCAUUCAGUCAAAACUGAAGUCCAUCAGAAUCCCAGAUAUGUCUGGAAAGACCAGAGUGUCUCCUAUUGGGAAGGUCAAGUACAGUUUGUCAGGUCUGCAAAUAACGGAGGUAGGGCUACCAAAGUCUGCACUGGAUCUGGUGACAGGAAGUGGAGUCCGACUAUCCAUUGGUGACGCCUACUUGAAAUUGCGUGGAAACUGGAAGGUCAAGUAUCUCAAAUUCAUAAAGGACCACGGCUCUUUCGAUCUCAACGUGAACGGACUAACAAUCACAACAAGCCUCAAAAUUGACAGUGACGAUACGGGCAGACCUGCGGUCAGUACCAUCAGCUGCUCGGCCUCUGUUGGAAGUGUAAAGAUCAAGUUUCACGGUGGAGCCAGCUGGCUGUACAAUCUGUUCAGAAAUGCCAUCAGCAAGGCUUUGCGUAAAACCCUGGAGAAACAGAUCUGCCCUCUGGUCGGCACAGCAGUAUCAGACUUAAACCCAGAGCUGAAGACCAUGAAUGUCUUGGCAAAGGUGGACCAAUAUGCAGAGAUUGAAUAUUCCAUGGUGUCGUCGCCCGUCAUUUCUAAUACUUCUUUAGUUUUGAAUCUGAAGGGAGAAUUUUACAACAUUGGGAAACAUCAAGAGCCUCCAUUCACUGCCACGGACUUCUCCAUGCCAACUGAAGCCAACAACAUGAUGUACAUGGGAAUAUCCGCCUUCACCGUUAACUCGGCAGCGUUCGUCUACACCACAGCCGGAAUCCUCAGCCUCUACAUCACUGAUGACAUGAUCCCAAAGAGUUCUCCAUUCCGACUCACCACCAAGUCAUUUGGAAUCUUCGUACCGCAGGUUAAGGCGAAGUUCCCUGAUCUGCCGAUGAAACUGCUGGUGAAGGCGGUGAAAAGCCCCACUGUUACCUUUGAACCCGACAACAUGACAAUCCAAGCCGCUGCCACGGUGACAGCCUACGCCAUCCAGCCCAACACCACACUCUCUCCUCUCUUUGUCCUGAGCCUGGAGAGCAGCGUCAGCGGCCGGGUGUUUGUCAGCGGAAUAAAGCUGGCCGGAGAAGUCACCUUCCACGAAAUGAAUAUGACCCUCGUCACCAGUUACGUCGGAGAUUUUCGCGUUGAAUCACUUGACAACAUCUUCAAACUGGUCGUCAAGUUAGUGAUAAUACCCAACCUUAAUGAGCGUCUUGCUAAAGGAUAUCCACUGCCAAUGAUUGGAAAGAUGAAGCUUGUGAGCAGUCAGCUUCACAUCCUGAAGGACUACAUGCUGAUCGGGACGGACGUUCAGUUCAUGGGCUGAGCCGCGCUGCGAAACACAGAUGAAACAGAUUUUCAUGCUGUUGUUUCUUUAUGUGGUCCUCUUAAUGUGGACACAAUCAUCCUUUCUGAAGUUACACGCUCCCUUUUUUGAAGCACUUUCUCCCUCUGAGUUUCAGACUUCUUUUUUUUCUAUAUGAUUUCCUGCAAAUGUGCUGAUCUCUGCUGUCCUGCCUGUAGCCGAGAGUCCCAUGAAACACGAUUCAGUCACUGAAAAAGCCUCAACGGAACAAACAGGAGGAGCAACUUGGAGUUUUUGCCAUUAAAAAAACAUUUGCUUCUUCCCAUCAAUACGUUGGGUAUUGUGAUAAAUAUCAACACUUAUGCAGAUGACGUCAAUGUCUUCAGUUCAGUUCAGUUCAGUUUAGUUUAUUUGGACAACGAAAACAAUUAAAAAAUAAAAAUAAAAUAAGAAAACAGUUAAGGGUACAUAAUACCACAAUUGUCCAUAAGUACAAAUAAAUAAAUCAUUUAAUAUGUCCAAAAAGGAGUAGGAAGAAGCUAAAGCUUUUCAUGUCCUACCCCCUCUUACUCUCCUUCUAUAUUAACGAAACUUUUUUUCAGUACCCCAAACCCCCCUCCCGCACCCCCUUCACAUUUCAAACCUGUGACUACCUGGACUUAUUUCUUUAAUUAAUAUUCUAAAGUCUGUGUCUUAGUUUCUACCGGCAGCAUUUCAUAAACAGGGCAGCUUGCUAACUUUUGUUUUUGUUUCGUUUGUAGUUGUGGUUCUGAUUUUUCAACUGUGACCAAGAGGAAGUGAAUAAUCGGAGCCAUCAAACAUUAGUUAAAAUUUUUAUGACUUCCUGUAUUUUGUGGACUUUAAGUUCUGCUUUUUGAUAGAUAUUUGCCCAGUCUUGUGACUUAUAUUAAGAGGCGAUGUGUACAUCGUUCAUGCUGAUAUUACAAUAAAUUUGUGAUAUUUUGUUGAGAGUCACAAAAUUAAAUGUUUUUAUUUCUCAUCACAGCAGCACAGUUUUAAAUAAAAAGA